AUGGAGGUCGAGCUCACAGCCCCCAACGGCAAGACGUGGUCCCAGCCGCUGGGUCUCUUCAUCAACAACGAGUUCGUCAAGAGCAGCAAUGAGCAGAAGCUUGCUUCUAUCAACCCCGCGUAUGUCAUCUCCCUCCCCUCCAGGCUCUCACCCACCAAUGGAAUGGGACAUUGCCCCACUAACACGCGAAUCAGUACCGAGGAGGAGAUAUGCUCUGUCUACGCAGCCACUGCCGAUGACAUCGAUGCCGCCGUCAGCGCUGCCCGCAAGGCCUUCAAGGCUCCUACCUGGAAGUCUCUAUCUGGCACCGAGCGGGGCGCUCUCAUGAGGAAGCUUGCCGACCUGGUUGAGCAGAACGCAGAGAUCCUCGCCACCAUCGAGACGCUCGACAAUGGCAAGCCCUACGGCGUCGCCCUCGGCGAGAACGUCCCCGAGUUUGUCAAUGUCAUGAGGUACUACGGCGGCUACGCCGACAAGAACUUCGGCCAGGUCAUCGACGUCGGCCCCACCAAGUUCGCCUACACCGUCAAGGAGCCCCUCGGCGUCUGCGGCCAGAUCAUCCCCUGGAACUACCCUCUGGACAUGGCCGCCUGGAAGCUCGGCCCCGCGCUGUGCUGCGGCAACACCGUCGUGCUGAAGCUCGCGGAGCAGACGCCCCUGUCUAUGCUGUACGUCGCCAAGCUCAUCAAGGAGGCUGGUUUCCCUCCCGGUGUGGUGAACGUCAUCAACGGCUACGGCAGGGAGGCCGGUGCUGCUCUUGUGCAGCACAUCCAUGUCGACAAAAUUGCCUUUACCGGCAGCACCGUCACCGGCAAGGAGAUCAUGAAGAUGGCCUCGGCUACCAUGAAGAACAUCACGCUGGAGACCGGCGGCAAGUCGCCUCUGGUCGUGUUCGACGACGCCGACCUUGAUCUUGCUGCGACCUGGUCACACGGCGGUAUCAUGAGCAACCAGGGACAGAUCUGCACAGCCACUUCGCGAAUCCUGGUGCAAGAGGGUGUCUAUGAUGCCUUCCUCGAGAAGUUCAAGAAGACAGUUCAGGAGGUGUCUGUGGUCGGCGACCCGUUCGAGGAGACCACCUUCCAGGGCCCCCAGGUCACCAAGCAACAAUAUGAGAGAGUUCUGGGCUACAUCAAGGUUGGCAAGGAGGAGGGUGCAACAGUCAUGCUAGGAGGCGAGCCUGCACCGCAGAAAGGAAAGGGAUUCUUCGUUGCACCGACCGUCUUCACCGACGUCAAGCCGACAAUGAAGAUCUACAGGGAGGAGAUCUUUGGACCGUGCGUGGCCAUUGUCUCGUUCAAGACAGAGGAGGAGGCCAUCGAGCUGGCAAACGACACGACAUACGGCCUGGGCGCGGCGCUCUUCACAACCAACAUCACCCGCGCGCACAGGGUAGCUCGGGAGAUCGAGGCCGGUAUGGUCUGGGUGAACAGCAGCAACGACUCGGACUUCAGAAUUCCGUUCGGAGGCGUUAAGCAAUCCGGUAUUGGACGGGAGCUGGGUGAGGCAGGUUUGGCUGCCUACUGCAACAUCAAGGCCAUUCACGUCAACAUGGCAGCGUAA